CUGCCGCUCCGGGUCAGUCACCUCUCACUCCAUGGCUCUGUCUCUGCCAGGGUACCUGCUCUUCCGGGACUUCGCCUUUAACCAGGCAGAGGAGGCCAAACCCCUGAUGGAGUUUUAUGAGGAGAUCAAGAAGUACGAGAAGCUGGACUCGGAGGAGGAGCGAACCACCCGGAGCCGCCACAUCUUUGACCAUUAUAUCAUGAAGGAGCUGCUGGCCUGCUCCCACCCCUUCUCCAAGAGUGCCACAGAGCAUGUCCAGAGCCGCCUGAGCAAGAAGCAGGUGCCCCCAGACCUAUUCCAGCCCUACAUUGAGGAGAUCUGCCAGAACCUGCGUGGGGGCAUCUUCCAGAAAUUCAUCGAGAGUGACAAGUUCACGCGGUUCUGCCAGUGGAAGAACGUGGAGCUGAACAUCCAUCUCACCAUGAACGACUUCAGCGUUCACCGAAUCAUCGGCCGCGGCGGUUUCGGGGAGGUCUACGGCUGCCGGAAAGCGGACACGGGCAAAAUGUAUGCCAUGAAGUGUUUGGACAAGAAACGUAUCAAGAUGAAGCAGGGUGAGACCCUGGCCCUCAACGAGCGCAUCAUGCUGUCCCUCGUCAGCACCGGGGACUGCCCGUUCAUCGUGUGCAUGUCGUACGCCUUCCACACGCCCGACAAGCUCAGCUUCAUCCUCGACCUCAUGAACGGGGGAGACCUGCAUUAUCACCUGUCCCAGCACGGCGUCUUCUCCGAGGUGGAGAUGCGGUUCUACGCGGCGGAGAUCAUCCUGGGCCUGGAGCACAUGCACAGCCGCUUCGUGGUGUACCGCGACCUCAAGCCGGCAAACAUCCUCCUGGACGAGUUUGGGCACGUCCGCAUCUCAGACCUGGGCCUGGCCUGCGACUUCUCCAAGAAGAAGCCCCAUCUGCUGGAGAGCGACCAGGAGCUGGACCGCAACUUCCCGCUCACCAUCUCGGAGCGCUGGCAGCAGGAGGUGACGGAGACCGUCUUCGAAGCCGUCAACGCCGACACCGACAAGCUGGAGGCUCGCAAGAAGGCCAAAAACAAGCAGCUGGGCCACGAAGAGGAGGACGCCAUGGGCCAGGACUGCAUC